CAGUAUUUCAGACUCCUUCAUGACUAUGAUGAUACUGUAAGCAGAUUUCAGUAAGUCACUCUACUUUAAGGACAGUUGGUCAGUUCCAACUACUUUGAUGCAAAAGUUUGUACACCCUUACAAGAAAGGCGUUUCACUGAUCAACAUAAAUAACCAUCAAUACAAUAAAUAGUAAAAUUGUGCUUAUUAAAAAAUUAAUAUUGAUGGUGUCAGUUCAAAAAUAAUGAUAUAACUAAUAUUUUCAUAAGACACAGUACUCUCUCUCUCUCUCUCUCUCUCUCUCUCUCUCGGCACUUAAGGUCAAAUUUGGAAGAAAGAAAUGGGAAUAAAAUGUAAUAAAGUGCAGUGUUUAAUGCUGAACGCGCGGUUUAUGAGUUUAUAAGUUUAUAAAUUUUUGAGCUUUAUCGGAUUUAAUGAUUUAAUUAUUCAGCCAAGUUAAUGGACGACGGUUUGUCCGCGUGAUCAGCCAGAAGUGGGCGUGGCAUACGGAUAAUGAUUGGCAGCUGCGUUUCCGAGGCAAAGUAAACAGCCCGAAUCGGGGGCGGGGCUUAGGGUCUGUUACAGGGCCUGUUCUGUUGUUAUAUAAAUCGUGCACCAAUGGAGUCCUGAGCAAACAGCAGACACCAAGGUAAAAAAUACAAAUAUGUUUAUUUACUAGAUUGUUUGAACCUCGAAAUAUGUCAUUUAUUUACCAAAACGGACCAUAACAGCUUACAGUUUUCAUCAAACAGGCCUAUUACUUAUAUGGGCAUUUGAAAUAAAAUCUCAUUAAGCUUUUUCUUAUAAACAUAUAAAACAGUUUGCUUACAUGACAGUGUUGAAUAAACUGAAAAGCAAAAGGUGGGAUGAUACUGAAUGAUAAAAUCAAUCAAAAAAGCUUCUUUUUCUCCACACUUAAAUGUUAGACGUUAAAAAAAGGAGUUGUUUCUCUCACCAGGAGAUUGUUAAUUAGGGGGGUGCCAAUAAUUUUGAAACCCUUUUAAGAAAGCUCUUCAGGUAGGAUGUUUUCAUCAACUAUUAAUUGGGGGCUGCUAAUAAUUUUGAAACCCUUUUAAGAAUGAAAAAAAAAAAAAAGAUCUGAAGCUCUUUACACAAAUUUAUCUGUUGGAUAUUUGAGUUUUUGGAAACAGUCCAUCAUCCAGAAAUGGUUCUGUACGUCACAAACACACAUCCUGGAGUUAUACUUUGCAGAAAUGAAACUUCAUUCAUGAUAUAAAACACUAUCCUGGACAUAUUUCGCAUAAAAAACGCAAUUCUGGCACCCCUGCUAUUGAGUGAAAAUGUUCCUAUAGUGAGCAUGGAGCAGCGUGAUUCCUGCCCCAGUGGGCCCCUUCGAUCACAGAUGGUUGCAGUUCCUAUAUGUGACCACUAGGUGCUUUAAUAACUCUAUUUAACGCUAUAUAACUGGACAAACCGUCACUGGGUGAACAUGUACUCAUGUUCCUGGUGGUGUUGUUUAGCAGAUGGAGCUAAAAGAAGCUUCGCCAGAACCUCAGUGUGGUUUCCACGGAGUCCUGAGAUACAGAAGAGAGUCUGACUGGAGAAAAAUCAACCUUCUGCCGCGGUCCGCUAGCGACUACACGGUGUGGUGUGAGUUUUGUGGUGCCAAAGCGAAGCCUCCGCUUGAUUUCUCGAAGACACUGAAUCCUGAGGAUUUCUGCUGCGCUCAGUACAUGGAGCUGUUUAAGAAGGUGGAGCAGCAGUGGCGCUCGCUGCAGGAGAACUCGGGCGAAUCGUCGCAGGAACUCGACUCCAGCGAGGAGAAAGUUCCGGAGCAAAAAGACCGAGCGAGAUCUCAGGACAUGUUGCAGCAUGUUGCAGAGGAAUGUCUCAGAAAGGCUAAAAGGCCGUCUACAGCAAACCCAGAAAGCGAGAUACCAGGCUGCAAAGUGACGUCUUCAGGUUUGUUCACCACCAUCACUUUCCGGCUGUCGGAUUUCGUACGCUUCAGAGAGAGUGAGCGCUUGACCGCGAGGGUGGACGCCACAGACGAGGAAAAGCUCAGAGAAUCCCGGCUGGGCAACGCUCGCGAUUCACUUCCAGCCGGAUUUGGGCUGUGCCAUCAUCAGGGCCAUGUUCAGAAGUUUUACUCAAACGGGAGUAAAUUCCUCACCACGCUUCCAGACGGCACCACCCAAGUCUUCUACCCCUCAGGAAAUCCGGCCAUUAUCGCCUUCAUAGACGAUACAGUGGGAGUCUGCGUCGUUCUUGAUGACGUCAGGUCCAGCUGUCCAAUCAGAGCCUUCUUCCAGUCCAGUGGGAUGGCUGCCUGUUACCAUAACAACGGGAGUACCUGGUUGCACAUGGACGUGCUAGGUGGGCGGAGUCUUAACGAAGACGCUUCCAGAAGAAGCCAGUGGAAAUGGAUGGACCGAGCGAGCAAUCGCACCCCCUUCAAACCCAUCCAUCUGUCCCUCAAUAAAAACAUCGGGGUUCGAGUUCUGGGGCGAGAUUCCGUCGUGGUGACCUUCCUGGCAUCUGGACAGCACGCUCGCUUUAGCGUGGGCAGCUGCACUAAGUCGAGUGAGCCUGUUCUGGUUCUGCGUAAAGAGGACCUGAUGCUGCAGGUGAACCAGCUCAACGCUCGGCUAGCCCUGGAACGCCUGCGCUGGUGCCUGGCUUUACACUCGGACGCCAGGCAUCGGCGUCUCCGGCUUCCCUCAGCGCUCCUCUCACAGGGCCGGAGACUCCUGAGGCUCAGCUCCACCAUGUGCAUGGAGAAGAAGGACAAGGCCUAUAUACAGCACUGCCUGCGAGACUGCCAGUGACCUCUGACCUCUCAGUCAACACAAGACACAAACUUUACCACACGAGUCUGUUUAAACAUGCAAAUAAACUUUCUAGAGUUGACGAGCAUGACGCGUCUCUAAUCAUUUGGAGGAAAGAGCCCUCUGGUGGUAUGGAGGAGAAAUGUCCCAGAUGGAUCAUAAAAGACAUUUAGAAUAUAGAAACCGACUGAGCGCAUUAUUAACCAAACUGCUGCAGCUAUUGAACAUUAACUAACACUUUCUGACCAAUCAGAAUUGAGAAUCUCACAAGCCACCUAAAAUAGCGGCUGGUGAGAUUCCUAUAGACCGGCUGGGGGGAAGAGGGGGUGUUAUAAAAAAAAAAAAAAAAAAGAAAUUAAAAUUUGAGAUUUUGU